UCUAUGCAAACAUAGAAACAAGCAUCGACUCGGUCAGGCUUAAAAAUGUACGAGGAAGAAAAGGACGACAAGAUAAUCCGUGUGAGCACAGAUACAGAUGAAUUUGUAAUGAGAGGAAGACCAUGUGAACUGUCAGCUUUUGCAUUUGUACCAACGGAGAGAAAUGUGCCAAAAGAAAGAACUUAUUUCAACAGCGAGAGACAGGAGAGGUAUUCAAGCUCAACAUAUGAUCGCUUAUUUAGAAAGCCAGAGCUGUACAACAUGUACCUUCACAAGGAUGACAGAGAACAUGCCAAGUCACGAGGACUCACAGUCAACAAUGAGGAAAAAGUGAAAGUUGUCCCUACAUUGUCAUCUUCAGACUACGGUCAUAGGUUAGAUAACGAGUACGACCCUCCCGACAGAAAACAUGUGAGGAUAGGUCAUGUGCAGUCAGAGUUCUACAGGAGAAAUGAUAUCAAUAUAAAAGAUGCCAAAUACUGAAACAUAGGGAUUAAAUAUUGAGGCAUCAAACUUCUGCAAUUGAAGAACAGUGCAACAGUAGUCACAAGAAUGUGCACAUGACCAGAUCUUAAUUUUCGAAGAUUUCUGCAUCGUAUUUCAUCAUUUUACCAUCUUCCAUCUCAUAUUUCAUCUCUCAAAUGAAUGACUGACAAUGGCACACACUCUGAUUAGCCUAAAGAGUUACUUACCAUCAUCUCCCAAACAGUAAGCAGAUGAUGUGCUAUGAAAUAGCCGUUUACAUGAUGUGCUAUGUGCUAUGAAAUAGCCGUUUACAGGAGGCAUUUUUGUUUGAAAAAGAAGAGAACAAUCAUGCCUUGUAGCUGUGGUACCAGACUGACAACUACAAUAUAAGGCCUAGGGGCCGUGUUGAGGAAUGACCAGAAAUUAUAACUGUGACAGUUGCCUCAGAAAGGCUAAGAGAUCAGCCUGCUAGAGUUGAAGUGAAAAUUGGUUGGCCUAUGUUUUUCUUUUAGGCCUUUUUCCCAUAGGGACCAUCUGUCUACACGGAUCGACCCAACUCUGUGGGGACUCUUGCUGAAUGCAGUCAGUUUAGCAUAUUAAAGUGUUUCCUCCUUGCCUCAGUAAAAUACAGAAAAGGUGGUGAUUACAAAAGGAAACGAGACCUGUCAUUCAGUUAAGCUGAUUGCAAUCAGCAAGAGUGCCAACAGAGUUGAGUCGUCCAAGGUGGACUAAUGGUGUCUAUGGGAAUGGGAUCUCUGUGAAACGUGGUUCCAGAGCUUGAAACAAAGAACCUAGUCUUUGUACCAAUCGACAAUUGUAUCUGCAUAAUACAUUCAUUACACCAACUUGGUUUAGGAAGAUUAAAACUUUUCACUCCCAUUUUAAUAGCAGGUCUUGACAUUUUAAAUAUGUAGUGACAGUUAUGGAUUUCCUUUUUUGUUUUGUUCAUUGAAAAAGUUUAUUGUACUCAAAUACUUCACAACCAUUGUACAGAAUUGUAGUUAAGAAUUUUGUGGCAAGGUAUUUUCCUGCCUGCAAAUAAAGAACCAUUCAUUUCCA